UUUUGCAAAUGGUAUUAUUUUUAAUUUGAUGAUUGAUGAAUAUUGGAAUAAUUUGGAAAACACCUCUUUUUUGGUUUUUGAUAAUUCUUUAAAAUCAAUAGUGAAAAGAUAAUAAUAUAAUAAUCUCAUUCAGAAUGCUCGUACUUGUAAUCGGUGAUUUUCAUAUUCCAUUUCGUAAACAUAGUUUACCAAGUAAAUUUAAAAAACUUCUCAUUCCUGGCCGUAUCCAACAUAUUCUUUGUACGGGUAAUCUUUGUACAAAAGAAUGUUAUGAUUAUCUAAAAACAUUGGCAACCGAUAUUCAUAUUGUCAAAGGAGAAUUAGAUGAUACAAAUUAUCCGGAUAAAAAAGUGGUAACAAUCGGUCAAUUUAGUAUCGGUCUUUGUCAUGGUCAUCAGAUUGUACCAUGGGGUGAUGAUGAAAGUUUAGCCAUGAUUCAACGUGAACUUGAAGUUGAUAUAUUGAUCACCGGUCAUACACAUAAAUUCAAUGCAUUCGAAAAGGAUGGAAAAUUUUUCAUUAAUCCUGGAUCAGCGACCGGUGCCUAUUCGGCAUUGGAAAAUAAUAUCAUUCCAUCUUUUGUAUUGAUGGAUAUACAAUCCACUACCGUUGUCAAUUAUGUUUAUCAAUUGAUCGGUAAUGAAGUUAAAGUGGAACGUACAGAAUUUAAAAAAAUUAACUAACAAAAAAAAUCAUGAAUUAUAAAAUUUGAAAUUCUGACUCAUUAUUAUUACAAAUAAAUUUUAUCCCAAAAAAAAACAGGAAAAUGUUAUCAAUAAAUUUCACUUGGAUUUUGAUUCUGAUAAAA